UGACAUAUGUCAUGUCCAAUUACUAGUUACCAAACACGGAAGUGCGCCGUUCUUCAUUUUAGCUUGUGGAACAUGGAGACGGUCCGCUAGUGAGGUUUGUACAGGAAAAUACUUUGAAUAUAAGCGAAAACAGUCCACCUAUCGAGUGCUUCAAAACAGUUUACAAACAGAAUGAUCGACGACUUCGAGAAACAGGAGGUUCGCACCAGUGGGGAACUCUGGUCCCAAAUUUGUGGUCCUGAGACGGACACGUCCUCAGACCACAACACUGACUUUCAAGACUCCUUCCAGCCAGCAGCACACGUCCAUGGCCAGUGGAAUGGGACCAGCAACACCAGUUCGAGCAGUACUAAAUGGGAACCCAUGGAGGAUUCUGAGACCUACAUUGCCAGUUUAGAGAACCGACUGAAGAAGCUGAAGGGUCAGUCGAGUGACGUCACCUCCAGGGACAUGCUGCGCUCUUUGUCUCAAGCCAAGAAGGAAUGCUGGGAUAGGUUCCUGCACGACGCAGAGACCUCAGAGCUAUUUCAAAGCGGCGACAUGGAUGAGAGCGCCCUGGAACACUUCAAGAGGUGGUUGGUCCCGGAGAAGGUGGCAGUCAGUGCAGAGGAGCUGGAGUUUCUGCUGAGGCCGUCUCAGACGAAGGAGCCCACCCAGGUAGAGCUGCAUCAGCAAGAGAAGGAAGAGGAGGAGGAGGAAGAGUGCCACCAUCCUGAGGAAGAUGACCCUCAGAGCCCUGAGAAAUAAGACACUAACAAUAUUAGUUGUUAUUUUACAUCUUUGGUCUGUAAUUAUUUCACUUUUUUUUUUUUUUUUUUUUUUUUUUUACAUCACAAGUUAUUUAGGACCACCAUGAAUAUGUAGUAUAAUGUUGUAAAAAGUUUCAUCAUCGUGAUACAAUAAAAUGUGUUUGUUUAUACCUUCAUUCCUUUUCUAUACCUGAUCAGGUUCAGGGUGACCUAGACUAGAGCCAGAGCGUAUCCCAGCAAGGCUUGGUACACCCCUUGACUGGUCGUCGGCCAAUCACAGGGAACAUACAGACUAACAAGCAUUCAAAUCAAGUCAAACUUUAUUUAGAUAGCACUUUUCAUACACAGCCUAAUGGCGAACAAAGUGCUGUAUGGGGAAAAAAAAGAAAACACACACACACACACACACGAACACCAUUGACAAAGCAAAAACUAAAUAUGGCAUGGCUCUGAGGAUUUGAGGAAAAGUGUUACCUUUGAAGCAUCUACACGACAUCUAAGUUUAGUAUGUACAGUGUAUAUAUAUAAAUUGUAAAUAUUACAUUAAGUUAAUACAAGCAAAUGAGAGAAUAGUAAUAAGAGACAAAAUAAAAUAAAGUGUAAAAUGAUCCGUAAAAAGGUGUCUUUUUUAUUUUUUUUUAAUUUAUAGCAGGGUUAUUCAACUACAGUAACGAAGGGGGCCGCAGUUUCAAGAGCCCAAAGAUUCAGGGGCCGGACAUCAAAAUAUGGAUGUUUUGUCAGAAAGUGCCGCCGCAGGUUAUAUUUCUUUAAGACCGAGUUUACUAAAUUGCAAAGUAAACUUCAGCUUUCACACUGCACUGUCAAUAAAUUCAGCAUUCUGCCCUCACUACUCGUUUCAAGCGUGUGCAGCUAGUUAAAAGCAUGAAGAAACAGAAGCUCCAGAAGUUUUGUUGAGUAUUGAUGUUCCUUUUUUGGAAUUAUUUUCGUUCCUUAGUGUUAUUUCUUUUCACCUGUUCAUUUAAGUUUGUACGAAUGAAAAUAUAAACAUAAAAUGAACAAAUGUAAAACAUUUUACAUAAUGUUAAGGAGCGCCGUAAAAAUUGCUGAUCUGUUGGCGGUCCCGUCUUGUCUCCUUGUAACGUAUGUCUGCUCUUAGUGGGACUGCCGAAAAUGUACUUUUCAGUUCUUAUGUGUCUUGUGCAUGUU